CCCAGACGCCUUUCCGGCGACGCAGCGGCAUCGCGGGCUUUGGCAUGAAGAAAGCGGUGGCGCUGGUGGGCGCGGGGCCGGGCUCGCCUGGGGCCUCCUCGGUCCCCGGCUUCCUGGCCAAACUGUGGGCCCUGGUCGAGGACCCCGGGAGCGACGACGUGAUCUCGUGGAGCCGGAAUGGACAGAAUUUUUGCAUUUUGGAUGAACAGAGGUUUGCUAAAGAAUUGCUUCCCAAGUACUUCAAACACAACAAUUUGUCUAGCUUCAUACGACAACUCAACAUCUAUGGCUUCAGGAAAGUGAUUGCACUUGAAAAUGGCAUGAUAACCUCUGACAAGAAUCCUGCCAUUGAGUUUCAGCACCCGUUUUUCAAGCGAGGGAAGGCUGAUUUGCUGGCAAACAUCAAAAGGAAGUCUACUCUGUCACAGGUGUCUACGGUAAGACCAGAAGACCUCAAAGUCUGCCCGGACGACUUGCACAAAGUGUUGUCUGAAGUCCAGGAGAUGAGGGAGCAGCAGAGCAAUAUGGACAUCAAGCUGGAAAGUAUGAAAAGGGAAAACAAAGCCCUCUGGAAAGAGGUGGCCUCUCUGCGCCAGAAGCACAACCACCAGCAGCAGCUUUUGUCGAAGAUUCUGGAAUUUAUACUGGGUUUGAUGAGGGGAAACUGCAUUUUGGGGCUCAAAAGAAAAAGGUCUUUGGCUGAUGCUUCGGAUACCUCACCUGCAAAAUACAGCCGCCAAUACGUGCGCAUUCCCGUGGAAGACUGUGAAACCACAGCUAUUUCGGAGCAUGGUCCAGGCUGCCAAGACUCUAUUAUCAUUCGUGACAUCACGGAUGCUCAAGAGGAAGAGGAAGAAGCAGAAGGUGGUGCCCCAGAGAAACUUUUGGCGCUGGUGCACUCCAAUCCUGAAAAUUGGAAGGCCCCUGUGCCUGCAAGAGAAGGGGUCCCUGCUUGUGGAGCACUGGAGACUUCCGAGCCGGAACUGCCCCAAGGCAGCCGUCCGGUUCAGCUUACGGAUGGCUCCCUCCAGCCCAGUGCCGUGGAGGUGCCUGCUCCACAGGUCGGUGCUAAUGAAGAAGCCGCGGCAGUGAUUGACUCCAUCAUGAGCGAAAACCCAACGGCAGCCUCGAGUGACUCUUUUCUUGACAGAGAGGAGAUCCAAGACUUCUUGAAUUGUAUUGAUGCGAGUCUUGAGGAACUUCAGGCAAUGCUGUCUGGGAAAAAAAUCAACUAUGCUUCGGAAACGCUUACUGAUGCCUUCAGUCCUGAGCUUCCUGUAUUGGAUUCAAGCAUGCCAGAAGCUCCUCUCAGAUUGGAAAAUACAGAAGACUUACCAGCAAAUUUAGACACAGUUGGGAUGAAUGAUGAGGAAACCUCAGGGAAGAAUGACAUGCAGCUGAUUCAGUAUCGGGGGAACCCUUUGCUUUCACUGUUUGAAGAACCUCCUUCCAGUGAGGAAGUUGGCAGCCUGGGGAAUGCCGGAGGUGAUCUGCUGGAUUCAGUGGGGAGCAGCGAAGUGCCGCAGCAAAUCACCAAUCCAGAAAGCCAAACGGAUGGACCUGCUCCGCUGGAGCCCCUCGAUCAGCCCCUUCUCUCAGAAGACAUGAAUGGCGAAUAUAAACUCUUUCCUCUUCUGCUUCUCAGCCCAGUUGCCAAUUUCAUAGAAGAGGCCUCGGAAAUAGAAAUGACGUGAAUCGCUGGCCGAUGCUUUCAUGAAACAGCGUCUUUUCUGUAGAAGAUGAUUCAACAAGUACUGCUGGUUGCAGUUCUACUUCUCUUCCUUUCUGUGGCUGAAUUCCUGCCACAAACAUGGGGAAGCUAUUUCUUCCCAAAGAAUGUAGUGUUAGGAAGGCAGCUUCAAGGCUGGAGCUCCAAAUUGCACUAUAUUUAAAAAAAAAAAAAAGCAAAAAAGAUCAAAUUUCAAAUCUGCUUUCAAAUUGCUUUAUACAAAGUAUGCUAUUACUAAGACAAAUGUUUAUAUCUUAGUGUAAGGUUUGCAUAUUCAUAUGAGGGGUUUUAAGUUACCUGGUCCCAUGAUAGUCAAUACAGUCAUAUUGCAUUUAUCUUUUUUUCCUGGAAUGUUGUGAUAGCUUGUACGUUGUUAGAAUUAUGUUAGGGUUUUUUUGUAACUAACAUUUUUUUCCUCCAAAUUUUUGCCUCAAUUCUCACUAUUCUGUUUUGUCUUCAGCUAUGUCACCUGUUAUGUACUAUUUACUCUUAAGAUUUCCCUCUAAAUAUUAAUGUAAGUAACUUCUGUUUCCUAUGGAAAACAAUAUAUUUUUAACACAUCCAUUUUAAAA